CGCAGACACCACAGACGAACUACUGAGACGGUGCUAUGGGGUCCCCGGUGAGUGAUUCCCCGGUGAGACCAGGAUAUUACCGUGUAGAAGUGCAGAAAACCACGUGGGAUGUCCCGGAGAGAUACACGCAGCUCCGCUCGGUUGGAUCUGGCGCGUACGGGACUGUGUGCUCCGCCAUUGACCAGAAGACUAAAGAGAAGGUGGCCAUCAAGAAGCUGUACAGACCCUUCCAGUCCCUGAUUCACGCUAAAAGAGCUUACAGAGAACUGCGACUUCUACGCCAUAUACAGCACGACAAUGUGAUCUCUCUGUUGAAUGUCUUCACCCCAGCCUCUACCUUGGAUACAUUCCAGACUUUUUACAUGGUGAUGCCAUUCGUGGCACAGGACCUGGGGCACAUCAUGAAGAGGAAGAGGCUGUCAGAGCGCAUCAUCACAUACCUCUUCUACCAGCUCCUCCGAGGACUCAAGUACAUUCACUCAGCAGGCAUCAUUCAUCGGGAUCUCAAACCUGGAAACCUCGCCGUGAAUGAAAACUGUGAACUCAAGAUCCUGGACUUUGGCUUGGCUCGACAGACAGAAACAGAGAUGACCGGGUAUGUGGUGACGCGCUGGUACAGAGCUCCAGAGGUCAUUUUCAACUGGAUGCACUACACUCAGACAGUGGACGUGUGGUCGGCUGCCUGCAUCCUGGCUGAGAUGAUCACUGGACAAGUUCUCUUCCCAGGACACGACAGCAUUGACCAGCUGAAGAAGAUCAUGAGGUUAACAGGAACUCCUGACAGCACCUUGGUCCAGAAGAUGCAGAGCAAAGAUGCACAGACGUACGUACAGGGCCUGCCUCCACAGAAGAAGAGGAAGUUCAGAGAGGUCUUCCCUGAUAUGGACAAACAUGCGGUGGAGUUGCUGGAGGGCAUGCUGCUGCUGGACCCAGAGCGGCGUCUGACUGCAGCACAGGGCCUGUCUCAGCCCUUCGUCUCAGAGUAUCACGACCCUGAGUCUGAGCCCGACUCUGAGCCCUACGAUGACUCCUUUGAGAGCCUGGAGCUGGCAGUGGGGGAGUGGAAGAGUCUUAUUCACAUGGAGAUCAUGACCUUUGACCCUGACGAUCCAAGAAGGACAGCAAUGUAGAUGACCGACUUAGUUUUUUUUUUUUUUUUUUUUUUUUUUUUAAUUGAAGUUAUUGAAUUGAUUUCAAGUGCAGUUAUUAAAAAGACAGACACGGUUGUGGUAAAGCUUUAAAAAUUAAAAUGUGGUGGGUUUGUGUUUUAGCGCAGGUGUGUACAGUAUAAUAAAUGUUGAGAUCUCGCAAACCCCAUUUUAAACCUGUAAAGCACGCCUCCAAGAGGGACAUGCUGCUAACUAUUUCACUGUAAACUAAAUAAACAACACAAAAUGAAAUGAAAUGUGUUUAUUUACAAGUUGUUACAUACUGUUGAGAUGUGUGCCAAAUGAAACCUUGGUGAAUUCACUAUUUUAAUAUACCGUAAGUCUUUAACAAUAUUAAGAGUUGUGUCCAAUGUUACAAUAAGAUACACAUGUGCAAGCACACUACAGACUGAAGUUUUUUCAAAUAAUAAUCGAUCUGUGACUUAGAUGAACACCUUUAGGCUCUGAAGUUAGAGUAGUUUGACUCAUUUCCACCAGAGGGCAGUAUAUCCCAAUGCAUUUCAGGGCCUCCCUGACAUUUUUCUGUAGUGCAAGGUUAACAAGAAAAGUACUUUACAGCUGGUGUCAUGAACAUUCCCUGGGGGUGUGAAGCUAACUAAAAGCACUACUCUGUCUGGAGACUUAAACUGAGCUUUGUUUUAAUGCAAUCUGAUCUGAAAGACCUGCCUUGGUUGAAGCUACAGCAGGCAGUGGUGGAAUGUAACAAAGUUAAUGUAAUAAUGUAGUAAUGUUUGAAAUUUGCUGAAAAGGCUGAGUGGUUUAUUAUUAACAUG